AGAGAGAGAGAGAGAGAGAGAGAGAGAGAGACAGACAGACAGACAGACAGAGUAUACUACUAAACUGUCUGUCUCGUGGAGGAACAGACAGAGAGAGACAGAAUGCUACACGUGUCUGUCUGACCGGGUCUCAUGCGUUACCAUGACGAGAGAAGCACUCAUCAAACUCUUCAUCCUCAUCCUCCUCGCCUUCAUCAUCUGUCUCCCAGAGUUCUUCACUUCAUACAGAGCGAGGGUAAACUUCCACUGUGUGACCUUUGACCCCUGUGGAGACCAGGAAGUGCCAACGCAGUGCGACCCCGGGCUGACCCCUGCGGGACAGAACUCCAACCGGAGCGUCGGGGAGAAGCCCGUCUGUAACACCGGGAGGACUGGUUCUGGAGUGAGCUGGUUGCUGUGUGACACGGAGACGGAGACGGACACGCCUGCUCUCCGUGGCAACGCCUCGCUGUCAGGGAGGAGGGUGUCGCUAUCAGUGUUGUCUGAAGGAGGGAACGCGACUUUGUACGGCUUACUGACAGAGGAGCAGAAGGAGGGGGAGGUAGAGGGGGAGGAAGAGGGGGAGGAACAAGGACAAGGAUUCAUCUACUGCUGUUUUCAAACCCCGCCUCUUUCCAUACCAACCAAUCACAGCCAGUGUCUCCUUCAUCUCCACACCCAAGGAACCAAUGAGACAGCUGUAAAGUCUGACCUGCCCUGGACACGGCCACCUAGAAGUGAGUGGUUGUGUGUCUUCAGGGUGACGUGGUUGGUCCUGGUGGUUGUGGUCAUGUUGACCGUUCUCACCACGGUCCUGGGUCUGAUCUACUGGAGGACUCGCUGCUGUCGAAAGGAGCCCAGAGUGUAUCCAGCCAGUGUGUUCCAGACCAGAGGAUUCAACAUGGACCUCCCUGAUGUCUCUGUCUCACUACAUCACUCCUCAGGUACCUCUCUCUCCCCCCUCCCAGAGGAGCCCAGAGUGUAUCCAGCCAGUGUGUUCCAGACCAGAGGAUUCAACAUGGACCUCCCUGAUGUCUCUGUCUCACUACAUCACUCCUCAGGCCUGUUGUCACCUAUUCAUGAAGAGAAGACUGCAGCGCUCCACCACCGCGGCCACCCUCUCCACUCAUCCCUUUCUCCUGAAGAGCUCUAGAUGAACAGAGCAGAAGACAGGAACACCAAGACAUUACUUCCUUUUAACAUCUUGACAGUUUUAAAAAAAACAAAUGAAUGGUGUCCC